UACCGUGCGCGUACUGCGCGACCGAGGUACAUUUAAAUCGGAGCGUGCGGACGCGGCGAGAGACGCAGAACACGCCUCACAUUUUAUGUCCUGCGCGGGUUUUUUAUUUGUUUGUUUAUUUUGGGAGACAUCUGGAAAUGUCUAACGUGCAGUUAUCGAGCAGCGCGCUGGACAGACUGGUGGCCAGAAGAACCUUUCCACUCCACCGGCGCACCAGCGUGUGCCGUAACCUCUUCGGACCGGUGGAUCACGACGAGCUGGAUCAGGACAUGAAAGACCAGCUGUGGGAGAUUUCCGAGCGGGAUGAACAGAGGUGGAAUUUUAACUUCAAGGCCAACACGCCUCUGGAUGGGAAUUACGAUUGGGAAGAGGUCCCCGCGGAUAAAACCCCGGUGUUCUACCAGGACUCUGUGCAGGUCGGCAGGACACGGGUGACGAUUACGCCCGUCAGACAGACGCCCUCCACGGACUCUGCGCUCCUGGAGCCCCCUUGUCUGGAUGUAGUAGAGCGCUUGGCCGCGCCUGGGAGCAGCAGCGCGCCCUGCCCAGCAGAAACCAACCAAGAGAACCGCACGGACAAGCUGAACUCAGGGAAGCAAAAUCGCCGACCGUGCGCCAGACGGAAGAGGACAACCGCGGCUGACAACACCCAGAUCACAGACUUUUUCGUCAAACGAAAGAGGGUCGCUGAGAAAUCCAAGGAUUUGAUCGCUUGUCAUCGCUCCAAAUCUCCAAAAUCGGCGGAGCAAACUCAGCGAAGGAGGAUCCGCUGAAGGUGAUUUUUGCACUACGUUACUGCGCCUUUUGAGCGUCUUUUUCCGUCCGCCACUUGACCCCGGAGAGGAGGAGAGAAAGCAGGGGGACUGCGGACGGAAACCCAUUACUGCUUCAGCUCGGUGCGCCGCAGCGGAGCGCAGCCCGAACACCGGACCAGACUCUCAGGACUGAUCGGUCAGG